AUGGGUAUGCAGGUUGUGCUCGAGUACUAUAAAAGACAAGGCAUUACUCUAGCAAUCCGGCAACCUGCACAUCGGUGGCAAUCAUUGUCUAGCUCACUGAGAACACUCCAUGAAGGAUUUCAACGCACCACCACACCUCCUAAUGACACAUCAAAUAGCGACAACAAUGAUCAUUACGACAUACGGGAAGAAGAAGCUGCCGAUGAUGACAACAUCAGUUUGCAUGAAGAUGACGUACAUCGUAUUCGGAUGGUGCCUUGCAUUGACCCGACAAGAAAUGGUGGUGGUUCACAUAUUGAUGUGAUUGAACGCGAGUUGACCUCGGGCACAUCAAUCGAACUAGGGCGUUUUACAGACCAACUUUAUAUACCCCAUCGGAUCUCUUUCCGCACCAAAGUGGUCAGUCGAAAGCAUGCUGUGCUUUGGGUGCAACGUGGCAAGUUUUUUAUUCGAGAUACCAAGUCAUCUUCGGGCACCUAUGUGAACAACGUGCGGCUAAGCGCACCCUACAAAGAAUCAAAAGCAAAAGAACUCCACGAUGGCGAUAUACUGCAGCUGGGUGCCGAUUAUCGAGGUGGUACACAAGAUUCCUUCCGAUGCAUCAAGUUAAAAGUCGAGUUGGACAGGAAAAGUACACACGAGAUUGAUUGGUUUAGCUAUCAAUCAUUCCAAAGUCUUCAGUAUUUGACAUCUCAUACGCCGACAUCUACAAUGUUGGGUGGUGGUGGUGGUAUUGAAUUUGGUAGCAGUGCAUCAUCCUCUGCAUCGUAUGUGAUGGAUGAUGAAGAAGGGGUAUAUAACAAGGAGGAGCAACAGCAACAUGACCCAUCGUCGGAAUCGUUGAUCAAGGAUUGCUGCAUUUGUCUUUAUCCCGUGGCACCCUUACAAGCACUCUUUGUGGCACCAUGUCAGCAUACCUUUCAUUACAAGUGCAUCCGUCCCCUGCUCAAUCAUUAUCCCGGUUUCCAAUGUCCAUGUUGUCGCAAUUAUUCAGAUUUGGAAUCACCUGUUACUAUUGAGAGAAGCGAGGUACUCGACAUGCUGGAUAGGCUUAAGAAUAGCAAUAGUAACCACUCAUUGGAUAUUUGUACAAGUUGA